GCCCCAACGUCACCAACCGGUUCAGUUCAAUCCAGCAAAAACAAUUUCAAUUUCAAAUUUCCUCCUCCUCCUCCGCCGCAGCCGCACCCACCAGCGCCAAACCCCCACGGGAGCCGGCCACGGGCCCAAACCCUAACGAAAUCCGCAAGCCGCCGCCGUCCCUCGUCCAGCUCGGGGCCCGGAUCCGAUGGGGUUCGUGGAUCCGGCGGCGCCGCUGCUCGCCACGUGCGGCGGCGACACGGUGAAGCUCUUCGACGUCACGGUGGAGUCCGGCGACCCCUGCGUCCUCGCCUACUCCCCCGCUCCCGGCCACCCCGUCAACGCCGUCAAGUGGAACCACACCAAUCUAAUCGUAGCAAGUGCUGGGGAUGAUAAAAAGAUCUCAUUGUGGCAUAAAAAGGGUCAAAAUGUAGGACAGCUACCGACAUCAACUGUUGAUCGUGGGGAUGACAUUGAGGAAUCCAUAUAUUCCAUCAGUUUUAGCAACAAAGGUUCUCGAUAUCUUUGUUCUGGUGGGAGUGGCCAUAUUGUUAGGAUAUGGGAUUUGCAGCGGAAGAGAUGUAUCAAAUGGCUAAGUGGUCACACUGACACCAUUACUGGUGUAAUGUAUAACUGCAAAGAUGAACAUUUGGCAUCAAUAAGCAUGAAGGGCGACCUUAUUCUUCACAAUCUUGCUUCUGGAGCACGUGCUGCUGAACUUAGUGAUCCAAAUGGACAGGUUUUGAGAGUGCUCGAUUAUUCACAUAAUAGUAGGCAUAUAUUGGCGACAGCAGGCGAUGAUGGUUCUGUGCAUCUUUGGGAUACAACCGCGAGGACUCCAAAGGUCUCAUGGCUAAAGCAACAUUCUGCACCCACAAGUGGUGUUUGUAUCUCACCCUCCAGUGACAAGAUAAUUGCUACAGUUGGCCUCGAUAAGAAGCUAUACACACUUGAUUCUGCAUCAAGAAGAGCGACACACACUAUUCCUCAUGAUGCCCCUUUCUCAUCAUUGGCAUAUAAUGAUGAUGGCACAAUAUUGGCAGCUGGCACAAACAGUGGGCGUGUGGUAUUCUAUGAUGUUCGGGGCAAACCCCAGCCAUUGACAAUUCUUCGUGCGUACAAUAGCUCAGAGGCUGUGACAAGUUUAUGCUGGCAACGGUCAAAACCUGUCAUUGUUAGCGAGAACAGUUCCUCAGAAGUUGCCCUUCUGGGGGGAACUAGUGAAGAUUCUAUUCUUAUGCCAGAUCCUUUGCCUUCAGCAACACCUUCAACUUUUCCAUCUGGAGCAGGCAUUACGAGUCUUCGCUCUUCUUUGACAGGGAACACAAGUGGAUUUCUUUCCACUUCAAAGUCUUCUACUGCAGAGGAAACUCCAUAUAGGGCCCGUCCAUUGUCUGGUGGGCCAUUAUCAAAGCUACAGGCUCCUCGUGGCAACUUCAGUAUAAAGGAUGAUAUGGAUGUAUUUUCUCCACUUGUUGAUGUCCAGCCUUUCACACCAUCCAGCAACAGCUGGUGGGAUGAGCAGGGGAGUGAUGAAACAAAAAAAGAUGAUAAAUCUGGAGAUAAGAAGUUAUUAGCAACUAGGAAGUUCCAGUAUAUGGAAGGGAACAGUGAGCCACAUCCAAUCUCGGACUGGAGGUCUAAUUCCGUUUCAAGACAGGAUGGCGCCUCAUCUGCGAGUAGCUCACCCGUGCCAUCAUGGAAGAGUGAACCAUCUAUCUCCCCACCAGAAUCAUCAACUGGAAAUGCAUUGCCCGACAGGCUGACACAUCGUCAACAAAUCUCACGCUUUGGGCAAUCAGCCUUUCAGACUGGCAGUUUGGCGUUUGCAGGUUUACAGGAUUCAGCUUCAUCCACCAGUCUCUCAUUGAAAGGUUCUCUGACAAGUAACAUUUUAAUGAACUUACAAAACAAGGGCAUCUUGAGCAAUACGCAGUCUUCCCUCGAGACAUCAUCUGCCAGCCUACAGACUUCAGUUUCCUCAUCCUUCAUGUCCAAGACUCUGCCAUCGGUGAAUUCUGAUUUACCAGGAGCAGCACCUUCCAAAUCCGCAUGGAAACCGUCAACUUUGACUGAUAGAUUGAGCACAUCCUCUGUUUUUAGUGAAGGAUUAGCUUCAGCAUUUGGUUCACCAAAAUCAAAGAAGACUGGAGCAGAAACAAAAGAUGAACUGCUUACUAGUCUAUUAUCAAGACAGGAGGCACCAAUGACCUCUUCGUCUGGAAGCCUUCUAGCAAGCAACGGGGUAGUGCCACCACAAUUGCCAACCUCAGGUUCGUCAGCUGAUCAACAGGGAGCUUCUUCGUUCUCCCUUCAGUAUGUUCAGCGCAUGCUCGAGGAAUCUCUAGGAUCGGUUCACAAGUCUAUACAUGAGGAUGUGAGAAAUCUCCACAUUGAACUUCUAAGACAGUUUCACAUGCAGGAGAUGGAAACGUCUGGCGUUAUGAACUUGGUCCUGGAGAAGCUGGAAGGCCUGACCAAGGAAGUGCAGCAACUGAGAAGGGAAAACCAGCAGCUCCGACAUCAGCUUCUCUGAUUUGUAGUUUUGGUGUUCAAUUUGACAUGUGGAAGAUUGCAAUCCUCGCUGGAUUCCGGGAAUGGCUUGGCGUUGGCGACGGCGAUUGAUUCUUAUAUUUGGUGUUUGUUUAGUUAAUUCUUUUUGGAGCAAGUUUGUCUAGUUCAGGAAAUUCAUUUUCGACACGGUUGUACAUAGCAUCUUUCAAUUUAGAAGCAUGUUGUUUAUCUUU